AUGAUAUCAUCGUUCCAAAGUCAAACCUCAGUGCUUCACAGACGGUGUGUUUUCACCAUGAGUGGGUGCCCAUUUUUAGGAAACAACUUUGGAGGUGCUUUUAAAAAAUUAUCCAUAGAAGGCAAUGAAGAAGACAAAUCACAAACCGGUGUGAAUAAAGCCAGCAAAGGAGGACUUAUCUACGGAAACUACCUGCAUUUGGAAAAGGUUUUGAAUGCACAGGAACUUCAAAGUGAAAUAAAAGGAAAUAAAAUCCAUGAUGAACAUCUUUUUAUCAUAACUCAUCAAGCUUAUGAACUCUGGUUUAAGCAAAUCCUCUGGGAAUUAGAUUCUGUUCGAGAGAUCUUUCAGAAUGGCCAUGUCAGGGAUGAAAGGAACAUGCUGAAGGUUGUUACUCGGAUGCACCGGGUGGCGGUGAUCCUGAAACUACUAGUACAGCAGUUUUCCGUCCUGGAAACCAUGACGCCCUUGGACUUCAAUGACUUCAGAGAGUACUUAUCUCCAGCAUCAGGCUUCCAGAGUUUGCAAUUCCGACUCUUGGAAAACAAGAUAGGUGUCCUUCAGAGUUUGAGGGUCCCUUACAACCGAAGACAUUAUCGUGAUAACUUCAAAGGAGAAGAUAAUGAACUGCUACUUAAGUCGGAGCAAGAGAAAACACUACUGCAGCUAGUGGAGGCAUGGCUGGAAAGAACACCAGGUUUAGAGCCACAUGGAUUUAACUUCUGGAGAAAGUUUGAAAACAACAUUGUGAAGGGCCUGGAGGAAGAAUUCACAAGAAUUCAGACUAAGGAAGAGUCAGAAGAAAAAGAGGAACAAAUGGCUGAGUUUCAGAAACAAAAAGAGGUGUUACUCUCCUUAUUUGAUGAGAAACGUCAUGAACAUCUCUAUAGUAAGGGUGAAAGACGACUGUCAUACAGAGCACUUCAGGGGGCCUUGAUGAUCUAUUUUUACAGGGAAGAGCCUAGAUUCCAGGUGCCUUUUCAGCUGCUGACUUCUCUCAUGGACAUAGACACACUCAUGACUAAGUGGAGAUAUAACCAUGUGUGCAUGGUCCACAGAAUGCUGGGCAGCAAAGCUGGCACUGGUGGGUCCUCUGGCUAUCAGUACCUGCGCUCAACAGUGAGUGACAGGUACAAGGUAUUUGUAGAUUUAUUUAAUCUUUCAACAUAUCUGGUUCCCCGACACUGGAUACCGAAGAUGAACCCAAGUAUUCAUAAGUUCCUUUACAUGGCUGAAUACUGUGACAGCUCUUACUUCAGCAGCGAUGAAUCGGAUUAAAAUAAUCUGCAAAAAUCUAUGAAGACAUUGAUUUCUCAGCCUGUCUUUUUAAAAAUUUUCUAUGAAUUUUCAUGAUACACAAAGAGUCCUACUGUAGUAUAUGUAUAUAUAUAGGUGAGCACUGUGGUGCUCUGACUUAAUCCUAUAAAUAAUUUUAUUAACUCAUUUUUGUGAUAAUAUAAGACUAAACAUUAAGAUAAGACGUGAAUUCAAUUGAACGGUAACAUUGUACAUAGAAGAUUUUCCUAUUGAAACUCAGUGUCCCUUGAUACCUUAGUAUAACCACUUAACACAAUCAUUAUCUCAUUUCAUAAUUUAAUGGGCUUGUAAACUUCAGCUGUUUCAAGUAUUUUAUGGAGUAAAAUGUGUCAUUGUGUACAAAGACUUACACACAAAAAAAUUAAGAAAUAAUAAGAAUAAGUCUCUUUUCCAUAUAUUGUUUUGGAAACAUUGCUUGUAUUUAUUGGGACUCUUGAUGACCAAGGGCAGAAAUCUACCUGAAGUUUGCCUAGAAGGGACUUGCUGGACAAUUCCACUAGCUCGAACAACUGGGAGCAGCCUGGGGAUGGAGCCAGUUCCUGGAAUACUAUAUUCCUGGAACACUUGGAGGAGACUUUGUAUCUCAUCUCUUCUUUUCUCUAGGGGUUGGCUUUAUUCUUCCUUGCUGUAGACCAGCUCCUUCCUCAAACAAGGUCCCAGCUCCCAGCACCUCUGGACCAGAAAGUCAAAGGUGCUCUUCCCAGCCCUGGGAAGAAGUAAGUGCAGGAGUGAAGUUGGGAAAGAGUGAUAGUUCCUUCAAUUGAAGAAUGUUGUUUCCAGAAGAGAGAAGAGAAAACACACUAAAUAGUGAUUUAGUUCAUUUCUAGUAACAAGUACAAGAUUAAGAGUUUAGAUCAGACAGGAACUUUAUUCUUCUUUUUCUAGAUUGGCCUGGAUAUUGGCAAUACUUAGCUGAAUUUCUUUUACAAAGGAAGUGCAAAAUUUUAUCAAAGGAAUCCAAAUGUAUAUCAACCUUGACCUAGGGUGAUUAUAAGCAAGCAGCAAAUUCUUGAUGGAAUUGACUAUUCUUUGGUCUCAAUUAGAAGUUUUUUCUUAUGAGGAUCAUGUCAUCUAGUUUGUCUCUAGAUAAACAAUUUCAUAUAAUUGCUUUUACCUAUAAUGCCCUGUGCGUGUGUGUGAUUGUGUGUGUGUGUGCAUGUGCACAUGUACAGAGUGUCUGAGAGUGGCUAGCUGAAAAAUACAGAGACAAGUAACA